AUGAGUGUGCGGACUUUUGCGGCCACGCUCGCCGGCAUCAGCUACUUCAUUACGAUUCCAUUCCUCAUCCUCGUCCUCAUCGGCAACACUCACAUCAAUCCCGUUCUCGACGACAUCUUCUUCUUCAAGCUCGACGUCUCUCACAUCAUCCCCAUAUCGGUCGAAAACUCAAAUCUGCUCAACUCUGUCGCGCGGAGCCUUGGUCUUCAUGACUUUUAUCAAGUUGGUGUGUGGAGCUAUUGUGAGGGAUACAAUGAUGAAGGCGUAACCUUUUGCUCGCCCCCAAAAUCCUUCUUCUGGUUUAAUCCCGUUGAAGUCCUCGUGGGCGAACUCCUCGCCGGCGCCAAAAUCGCCCUUCCCUCCGAAGUCGUCACAAUCCUCACCCUCCUCCGCAUCGGAUCCCAAGUCAUGUACGCCUUCUUCAUGUCCGGCAUCGUCCUCAACUUCGUCCUCCUGCUCGUCACGCCUCUCGUCCUCCGAACUCGAUGGUUCAGCCUCUUCACAUCCCUCGUCGGCGGCGUAGCGGGCAUCGUCCUCACAGUGGCCGCAAUCAUCGCCACCGUCAUCAGUGUUGCCGCCAAGAUUGCCCUCACGGCGCAGGAUCAGCUCAACAUCCAGUGCGAUAUUGGCGGCAAGAUGUUUGCCUUUAUGUGGAUCGCCGCCUUGUCGACGGAUUUCGCAUUCCUGCUGCAUGCCGCGAUGGGAUGCUGCUGCGCACCGGACAAGAGAAACGGGUCCAGAAUCGGAUCUCCCUCCGCAUCGACCAUGCAAGAGAAACACGACUCUUAUAUAUUACCCAACUUUGUUCGUCGGAGAAAGGGCAUGUCAGGAUGA